AAAAUCAUAGAUUCGGUGGAUCGAGUGAGACUGAGAUUUCUGUCAUUUUUUGGGAUUCAUUCACUGAGAAUUCAAAAUCCGUAAAUCUGAAAAUGUACUCCGUUUCACGCCUCGCGAGGAGGUUCUGUGCGACGCUCGCUGCUUCUCCGGCGGCGAUUAGCGGCGAGGCUGCUGCUUCUGUUCCGACGAAGGCGAAAAAGAAUCCAUCGGUGUACAAGAAACUCUCAAGUCUUGGCACGAGGGGAGGGAAAAUGGAGGAAACGCUAAAUCAAUUCGUCAUGGAAGGUGUACCUGUCAAAAAACACGAGCUUAUUCGUUACGCAAAGGAUCUUCGCAAGUUUCGUCAACCUCAACGCGCUCUCGAGAUCUUUGAGUGGAUGGAAAGAAAAGAAAUCGUCUUUACUGGGAGCGAUCACGCAAUUCGUUUGGAUCUUAUUGCGAAGACUAAAGGCUUAGAGGCGGCUGAAACUUACUUUGAUAGUUUAGACGCUUCUAUUAAGAAUCAGUCGACUUAUGGUUCGCUAUUGAACUGCUACUGCGUGGAACGGGAGGAAGAGAAGGCAAAGGCUCAUUUUGAUAAUAUGGUUGAUCUCAAUCAUGUGAGUAAUUCAUUGCCGUUUAAUAAUCUGAUGGCUAUGUAUUUGCGGCUAGGUCAACCCGAGAAGGUGCCUGCAUUGGUUGUUGCGAUGAAACAGAAGAAUAUUACCCCGUGUGAUAUCACUUACUCCAUGUGGAUACAAAGCUGUGGAAGUUUAAAGGACUUAGAUGGAGUAGAGAAAGUUCUUGAUGAAAUGAAAGCAGAAGGUGAAGGUAUUUCCUCCUGGGAUACUUUUGCUAAUCUGGCAGCAAUUUAUAUUAAAGUCGGCCUCUACGAUAAAGCAGAAGAGGCGUUGAAAUCUCUGGAGAACAAGAUGAAUCCUCACAUCCGUGAUUGUUAUCAUUUUCUCAUUAGCUUGUAUGCUGGAAUUGCAAAUGCUUCUGAGGUUUAUCGAGUUUGGGAUUUGCUGAAGAAACGACACCCUAAUGUCAACAAUUCUAGCUAUCUUACAAUGCUCCAAGCACUGAGUAAACUCAAUGACAUUGAUGGAAUCAAGAAAAUCUUUACAGAAUGGGAAUCAACAUGCUGGACUUACGAUAUGCGGAUGGCAAAUGUAGCGAUUAGCAGCUAUUUAAAGCAGAACAUGUACGAAGAAGCUGAGGCUGUUUUCAAUGGCGCCAUGAAAAAGUGUAAAGGUCAAUUCUCAAAGGCUAGGCAGCUUUUGAUGAUGCACCUGCUGAAGAACGAUCAGGCAGAUUUGGCUCUGAAGCAUUUUGAAGCGGCAGUUUUGGAUCUAGACAAGAACUGGACUUGGAGCUCAGAGCUGAUCAGUUCGUUCUUUCUUCACUUUGAGGAAGCAAAAGACGUUGAUGGAGCAGAACAAUUCUGCAAAACCUUGACGAAAUGGAGUCCCCUCGGAUCUGAAACUUACACUCUUCUUAUGAAGACUUAUCUCUCUGCAGGGAAAGCUUGUCCGGAUAUGAAAAAGAGGUUGGAGGAACAAGGGAUCCAAGUAGACGAAGAGCAAGAAUGUUUGCUUAGCAAGAUUUGCGCUUGAUUCAUCCUACAGCUUGACUCUGUCUAGUGAUAUAGUUAAUAUUCUGUAAAACUAUGCAUUUGAAGCAUUUUGUUCAGACUCAUUUUCUCGUUAUAGUUUGCCUUCUAUAUGCAUUUAUAAAACGUGUGUGUACAU